CUCUUGGAGAAGGAGGAGGAGGAGGGACGCUCGCUCGCUCUCGGACCAGGACCCCAUUGCGACUGGACUCUCUGAGUCUCUGGACUGGACACACUCACUUCUUAUCCACCACCUCACUCUGUUUCCCUCACACUGACCUUUGCCUUUACCUUCUCAGAAAAACUUGCUGUUCGCUUGCUAUCGUUUUGAAAUUAACCCCGUUUUCAUGGACCCUGAACACUUCCCGUUCCUUUGCUGCCACACUCCCUCCUCACAACGUAUCGGCGUGCCUGUGACGCUUUGGUCGGAACGACUGAAGCGCAUUCCCAACCGCCGACCGUCCUUGAACACGUCAACCAACGCUACUCCAGCAACUGAGGCCUCCGCGCAAUGACCUUCACGUCAAAAGGGCGGGCACCAGCGUCCGUCCUUCUGGCAGCAGCUGCUGGCCUCUGUGUCCUAUCCUUCACCCAAGCUGUAGCAAUAAGAGCACCCCUCCCAGACGUAAGCAGCAACAUCGCCCAACACCUCAGUGUCGCCGCCGCAGCCCCAUCCUCCCCCGCCGACUGCCCCUGCUCCGACUCCUGCUCCGACUCCUCCGGCUACAUCACCCACAAACACAUCACAGCACCCAUCGCAGACGCAAUCAUCGCAAUAUCCUACUGGGCCAUCCCGAUCGAGCUCGCCUUCUUUGUUGUGCGAUUGCCCAACAUUACGACGUAUCAGAAGGCGGUGGGAGCGCUUUUUAUUUGUUUUAUUAUGCUAUGUGGGGUCGGACAUCUGUUGGAUGCGUUGAGGGCACCUGUGACGUUGGUGAUACUGGAUCGGUACCUUACGGCGUUCAUUUCGGCGGUAACUGCGAUUCUCUCUCCGCAGGUCCUAUCGUACAGCGUCGACGCCAUCAUCCAAUUCAACCGCGAAGGGGCGCUGGUCGCCAAACAGCGGGACAUGCUCGCCGACGCCCAAGCAAUGGCACACAUGGGCAACUGGGAGAUAGAAGAACGCGAAAACGGGAUGAAAUGGCUCACCGCCAGCGAAGAAUGGUUCCGGAUCUUCGGCAUCGCCGUCGACGACGACGACGAGCACACGAUACCCUUCUGCCGAUACCUCGCGUGUGUCGCUGAGGAGGACCGACAGAAUGUGCUCAGCGCCGUGCAUGAGGCGAUUGAGCGUCUACAGCCGUAUCAUUUGAUCCAGCGCGUGCAUCGGGAGAGUGAUGGGAAGGAGAUUUUCAUUAGGGGGUUUGGGAAGCCGGUGCUGGAUGGGCAGAAGAGGGUGGUGGGGAUGAGGGGGACGAGUCAGGAUAUUACCGCGGAGGUUAUGCGGAAUAGGGAGCUGACGAAGGCGAAGGAGCUGGCUCUUAUUGAGAGUAAACAUAAGGACACAUUUUUGGCGACAAUGUCCCACGAACUUCGAACACCCUUAACAUCCAUCAUCGGCCACGUCGAACUGAUGGAAGAAACAACCCUCGACGAAAUCCAACGCGAGUACAACGGCAACGCCAAACGCGCCGCUACAACCCUUCUCUCCCUCAUCAACGAUAUCCUCGACUACUCGAAAUUGCAGGCGGGGAUGGUGGAUCUCGAGUUGCGGACGGUGGAAUUGAGUGAAUUGUUGAGGGAUGUGCAUUGUAUUGUGAAGGAUCUGGGGAAGGAUGUCAAGCUGAAGAUUGAUAGUUAUGAGGGGCCGCCGGUCGUGGCGGAUGCCAUGCGGAUUAGGCAGGUGUUGCUUAAUCUUAUCAGUAAUGGGUUGAAGUUCACGAUGCCAGGCGGCUAUGUGCACGUCUCCAACAAGCACUACCGAGAAAUGCCCGCGAUACCAGCCAUGCCCUUCCCUGGCAUGAACGGGGUGAACGGCCAGACCGAGGCGUCGCCGCCGGUUGCGCGGGAGAAUAUCACGUUCACUGUGAGGGAUAGUGGGAUAGGGAUGUCGCCGACGGCGCUGGCGAAGUUGUUUCAUCCGUUUUGUCAGGCUGAUGCAUCAACAAGCCGACGCUUCGGCGGCACAGGUCUCGGCCUCUCCAUCGUCAAAAAGCUCGUUAGCGCCAUGGGCGGCGACGUCAAAGUCACCUCCAAAGAAGGCGAAGGCUCCACCUUCCUCAUCAACUUUUCCUUCCCGCACGCCGACGUCGUCCAAACCGUCCAACACCUGCCCCCAAUCACAUCCACGCACCCACCCCGAUUAACAACAUCAAGAACAAACCCAAACCUCACCCUCCUCUCCCAGAAAUCCCAGACCGCCCUCACGACCCCAUUACCUCUCCUCCCCACCCCGCCCCCGCACGAACGACAACAACGACCUAUCCGCAUCCUCCUCGCAGAAGACAACCUCGUAACCCAAAAAAUGGUCCUCCGGAUGCUGCAAAAAUACCACGUCGACACCGUCGACAACGGCCAGUUGGCGGUCGACCGCGUUCGCGAACACCCACCCUACGACAUCCUCCUCUGCGACGUCAACAUGCCCGUCAUGGACGGUCUCGAGGCCGUCAAGCAAAUCCGCCGCCUCGCGAAGGGCAUGGAUCUCUACAUCGUCGGGCUGACCGCCAACGCGUUCAAGACGGAUCGCGAUGGGUGCUUCGAUGCCGGGAUGGAUGAUUUCCUGAGCAAGCCGUUCACCAAGGCGGCGUUACUGGGGGUCGUGGAGAAAGCCGUCGGCGAGCGGCGCCGGAAAUUAGACGAGAAGGGCCAUUUCUUGAGCGAGGAGAGUCUGUGGGUGCAGCAGCCGGGGGAUGUGACCACCACCGCCGCGGUGGAACCGAUGGUGAAUGGGGUGCUGGCGAAAUCGGCGACGUUGACGGGGGUGGGGAACCACAACCGAAGACCGAAUUCCCGCCAGGCGACUCCGCCGCCGUUGUCGCCGUCGCCGUCCAUACGCCAGACGACGCGGAUUCCGAUCACGAACGCGUCGCCGAACGCGUUGCCGUUGACGUUGCCGUUGGCAUUGACCCCGCAGACGGCUGUGCCGACCCCGCAGCAGCAGCAGCACGGGUCGCCGACGGCGGAGGGAUACGGACGUGAGAGACCCACCCACAGAAAGGAACCGCUGGCGACCGAGAAACAACCGUUUUUGACGAACGGUGAGGGGUGGAGCAACGACAGCACCGAUUCGGUGGACCAUCCAUAAACUUUAGCAAGUCCCCC